UACUUGUCCAUACAGUUAAAUAGGCUACGCUUAACGAAAGGGCACCAAAUUGCUCAGUUGUAGCCUACAGCUUUUCGCUCAGUUCAGUGUGGGGAGAAUUUUAACGACUAAAUCCGAGAACAUGGCCAAGAACAUGACACUUUUGUGGGGAUCUGGCUCCCCCCCGUGCUGGAGAGUCAUGAUCGCCUUGGAGGAGAAACUACUGCAAGGCUACAAUCAGAAGUUGCUGUCCUUUGGCAAAGGUGAACACCGAUCCAAAGAAGUACUGGACAUCAACCCAAGGGGCCAGCUGCCUGCCUUCACACAUGGAGAUAACAUCUUGAAUGAAUCAUAUGCUGCCGUCAUGUACAUCGAGAGCCAGUUCAGGUCCCAGGGUACACCACUGAUCCCUGAAGGCCAAACUGAACAGGCUCGCAUGUACCAGCGCGUGUUUGAGGGACAGAUACUGCACCAGAAACUCAGUGACAUUAUAUACUAUAACUACCGCGUCCCCGAGGAGGAGAGGCAUGACUCCACAAUCAAGAGAAACAUGGAGACUCUAGCUGCUGAACUCAAGAUGUGGGAGGCAUACCUGGAGAAGAUGGAGCCUGGUUCAUAUCUUGCGGGGAAGGCAUUCUCAUUGGCUGAUGUCCUCGUAUUUCCUGUAGUUGCCUAUGCUGUGCGCUUUGGAAUGUCCCAGGAGCGAUAUCCUAGACUGGCGGCGUACUACACCAUGCUGAAGGACAGGCCCAGCGUCAAAGCCACCUGGCCGCCUCACUGGCUGGAAAGCCCAGGGUCAGACACCAUCAAAGACCUCUGACCUGUCUCCAGCUAGAAUCUUUACCUGGCUCUGCACACUCUUACAACCUCUGAAGCAUUGUUUACUCUUUUGUUAUCUGAAGUCAAAUAAACCAUGUACAAGUUA